CGGCAGAUUUCAUGUAAACCCACUGGUUCCGUGUAAUUGUAACCAACAUUUGCAAAAAUAUUAUCAAUGAUACGCAACUAUAUGGCCGUGGUCUACAAUUUCGCAACUAUCUUAAAUUUCAUGUGCGUUUUUUUAAUCUAAAACUGACAUCAGACUGAUUAAAAUCAAAAAUAGUGGCGAUUUUCAAAAAGCACUGUCACUGACAUGUCUAGUGUAACUAUUGUGCAUAUGCAUCGGCACUCCUCAUUUGGGCACGUCUGCGGAAUUAAAGCCUGCCCGCAUCUUUACUUAAAAAACAACGCCUUCUCCUUUAAGGGAGUUCACCGCCGCUGAAACAACGACAGGGUACUACCGGGUUACGGCGUCUGCUCGGUAUUUGCCCCACAUAGGGUGUGCGCUGCAGGGUAGAUCAGCAGCUCGCAGACCACCGAUGCAUGGCUGAUCGGCAUCGGGGUAGUUUUAUUACUAGGCUCGACAUUAACAUUAAGCCGAUAUUGCACCUGGUGUAAGCGACCCCAAAUGGGCUGGUCGACCGGGGCCAUUGAACAGCGGCUGCUGGAGCGAUGCACGUUAAAUGUCAACAUUAAUUCAGCACACACACUGCAAAGAACGGCGUCAGAUUAUACACUGAUUUCAUGCUAAACCGACUAGGUGUAGCAAAGCAGUAUAUUUAUGACACGGUACUGUAUCUGACUGCCGUUAUGUUGGGCAUUAUUUUCAGUCACAUAAGUUUGGUUUGAUAAAUGAAACCCAAUCGUGUGGAAAAAUAAGCCAAUACUGCAGCUCUUGUUCACCGCUUCGGCUGGACUUUUGUGCGAUCCUGUCACUUUCUCCCGGUAUGUUAAUUAACUCACGAACGGCUGCUUGAAAGUGGUUAUCAGGACGGCUCGCGAUGUUCGCCCUGCCGCGGUUCCUACGCUUUCUCAGGUCGAGAGGCUCGCCGGUUCCGCCCGGGUGUUUCUCCGGCGCACAUGGGAAACCGAGCCGCCCCCCUUACAUUAAGCGGCUCCGGGUCCUGGUGGACAUGGACGGCGUAAUUGUGGACUUUGAGGGCGGAUUUCUGAAGAAAUACCGUGCCAAGUACCCCGACGAGCCCUACAUCAGCAUGGAGGACCGGAGAGGAUUUUGGAUCUCGACUCAGUACGGGGAACUGAGAAGCGAUCUCUCUGAGAAAGCCAUCAGCAUUUGGGAAUCAAAGAACUUCUUCAUAGACUUGGAGCCUCUUCCAGGAAGUUUGGAUGCAUUGAAGGAGAUGUCCCGGAUGGAAAAUACAGAUGUCUUCAUUUGCACUAGCCCAAUAAAGCAAUACAGCUUCUGCCCGUUUGAGAAGUUUGCCUGGAUAGAGAAGCACCUUGGCUGGGAGUUUGUGGAGCAGACCAUACUGACCAGGGACAAGACGUUGGUGUCCGGGGAUCUGCUCAUCGACGAUAAGCCAGACAUUCAUGGCGUUGAACCCAACCCCACCUGGGAGCAUGUUCUUUUCACUGCCUGCCACAACAAGCACCUGCCUCACUGCCCCUCCCCCCAUCGCCUGCUGUCCUGGUAUGAUGACUGGCGUACCAUCCUGGAGAGCAAACGUAGCUGCUGACCUUCAUAACCCCCCCACGGGCCGGAGACACAUCCAUUGAACAAAGCAUUGAUCACAAGUCGGCAAUAAUAUAGGGAGAUCAUUGUUGGUUCUAGUCCCAAAUCCUACCUGCUUGGAUACAGGUUUGUAACCUUGGAUUACAGUCGGAGUAUUUUAAAGAAAUGUGAAAUUCCAGAAUUCAGACCUUCACUGCCAAGUCCUGUUGACAACAAAACAAAGAAAUACAUUCACUAAUGCGGGAUUUGAGCUUCAUUCGAGUUUUUUAGCCUGGCCUAUAGUACUCAGAGCUGUUUGUUAUCCUUCGGCAUAAUUUGCAGUUAAGUUAAGCUAUGGUGUGACCUGGCCAGACAUUGGCUGGGGAUGUUUUACACAGCAGCCCUGUAUUGAGCAUUAUCUUAGUGAAAAGUCCACUGUAAGCACCUUCUUCAUGUGCUGCUCUACUGAGGUUGAGUGGCAUUUCGUUACUUCCGUUCUUGAUCUCUCCUCAUUCCUGUUGGAAGAACAGGAUUGUUCCAGUAGGACUUCUGCUUGUCGUGGAUGCAGGGCUGGUAAUCUGUAGGCACACGAAAUGGAUUUGAACACCUCCACCCCUAGGUCUGUGUUGAAGGUCACACACCGUCAAUUGUGACCUUGUAGGCAUUCGGAUGGGCGAUUUAGUUAAACUUUUUGUUUUGUUUUAGGUUAACGUAGCUGAAACGCAAGAAAACAAAAGCCCCAUCUGAGAUGGCAUUUCGAUAACUAGCAAUAGUGAUGAUUCUGAAAUGAUAUAGACUCUCUCUGCCUUCAGGUAUCCUCAGACUGAGUCUGGCUUUAAAAGAUACUUAAGCACCUGACCUGCAGCAUUGGCCGGUUACAGCUCAGGUCACAUGAAACAUUAGCGCCCUCUUCAGGCUUGGAGGACCAUGGUUUGGGAAUACCUGCUAGCCUGAGAGCUCCCUGCUUAGGGUUCUCAAACAGAAACAUCACGUCUAUGAAUAAUCCCUUUCCAAGUAGGACACACAAUGACGUCACCCUAGUGAUUCCAAUUAUGCAGUCAACAUGGAAGAAAGUGGCACAUCCUGUACCACCUCAAGAACCAGAGUUUAAAAUAGAGCCUAUUUGUCUUGUGUAGUGUCAUCUGUACUGUUGCAUGCUAGACGUGGAGGUCGCCUGACCCACAUCUGGAGAAUCCUAUCAGGGUUGGUUUCACACACAUCCCUGACCACCUGUUUCCAGGGGAUCACUGUCAUUUGUUUGUGAUGUAAACAUCUAGUGAUACAACUUGAAAACAAUUGAGGGUUUGACCAUUUUGGUCACUUUUUCAGCUUGGGAACUAGUGGCUGGCAGAAAGGUUUGGUAAGUGUCGCUGAUUCUCACCCUAACCCUUCUCUGGAGUGAUCUAUCAGUAAACCGAGGGUAAUGCUUUGUUUAUUCUACCCUACACAUGUUCACUUGAGUUGAACAUAUCCAUUUAUUAUCACGAUAUUAACCCCCACACUCACAAUGUGCAUUACCUUGUUUCGUGAUCGUAUUUAAUUAUAAAUAUCUGUUAAUGACAGUUAUUGCUUGUAUAGCUGGUAAAUGUCUGUUCUCUUUCUCAAAUAAUAUUUAUCGACAGCGUUUUCAGCCGAAAGAAAUAACUUUUUGGCAUGCCGGCUCUAUUGCACACGUCUCCUUUCGACUUGCCCACCACUCCAGCUUGCAGAGAAUUGUCUGAUCUUGCUGGGAAGGAGAUUUACAUUUCAGACCACAAGGGGGAGCCGAAAUAAAACUCCUUCAGCUCAAAGGAGAUAAGGGCCCCGCGGGUUUAACUAAGAACGUAACUACCCGUAAUAGUGGAUCGGGAAUUUCCAUAACAGUUUUAUUCAUUUUAAUUCUUUAAUUAAAAUUACGUUAAGUUUGAAAGGUUUUUCGCUGCAGGAAUUUAAGUUUUUAAAUAUAUUUUUUAACAAAUCCCAAUUUUUUUGCGUCAGAAUUGUGUAUAUGGCACCAGAGUCGGAACAUAAUCGCACAGAAACCGCGAUUUACCCUCAGGAUUUUUUUACCUGUAUAUUCAUUGUUUGGUUGUAUGCAAAAUUUGUUAUUGUCUCUGAUAGUGUUCUUGUAUUAUCAUUUCAAUUAACCGUGCACUGCCAAUAGAGUGUUUUUUUUUCUUCUUUUUAUGCAUUUCAAAUAUGUUUCCCGAUGUAACUGUACUGGCUGAUUCGGUAGAGCGGUAAAAUCUUAAUGUUUUUUGUCUUAGUUUUAGGGGCAUCAUAUUAGGAGUUUAUAACAAAACUUUUCGUUUGACAAUAAAUACACGGGUUUUUACGGUUUGUGCGCGCCCCUCAGCUUUCAAGCCACUCCUCCUCGAGGGCGUGGCCCGUCAGACUCCUCCCUGACGCGCGACCGCGCCCUGCUCUGAUAACCGCUGGAGUGACUGAUCGGGGACGCGACUGUCAGCCGGGGUGUAAAUACAUUGUGUGAAAUGCAUGCGGUUAGGUUUGUAUUCUCGGUUUGCUGAAGGGUAGCAGAUGAUCACUUCUUGCAAAAUGGCAUGCUCUUUAAGCCCCAACAUGCUUAUUUUGUGUAUGUGAUGUGUAAUAUAUAAAUUAAACGUCUAAUGUGUAUUUUAACGGUGCUAAGUGGCCUGUCACUAAAUAGGCCUAUAGGGAUUUAUUUUUUAUUCUUAAAAACGGUGCAAGGUACUUUGUAUGCAACAUCGUGCGUGUAGUCAGAUUUUAAAAUAACGCUGUAUAAUGAACGAGAAAUUGCAAAGAACAAACUUAUGCAUAAACGACGCAUACCUCCUAAUGUUCUGUAUCUCUACAAUAUUCUCACGCGUGUUUAGGACACAUCCCUUAUGUUUUACACAUUUUACUCCGUUAAUCGAUCGGAAUUUGUUUUGUCGUUUUACUUGAUUUUGUUUUGUUUUUGCGGGAUGGAACCUGUCACCAGCGCUGUAGAUUGUUUCGCUUAAGUACGACGGUUUUUCUGGUGCUUGCUGUACAAGAGACGCACAAUGUAUAGUUAAAAUGGGAGAGCUACCUGUGGAAAGAUGUAAUAAAACUUUUUACGGUUAGUAUAAAAA